AUGUCAAGCGCUUCAUUAUACUCGUUGAACUCAGGAUGGGUGGUGCAGAAGUUCGGUGGCACGAGUGUCGGAAAAUUCUCGAAGGAGAUCGCCGUCGACAUUGUGAAGAAGUACAAUCAGAGCAACCAGAUAGCGGUUGUGUGCUCGGCAAGAUCCACACAGACCAAAUCGGAGGGUACCACUACCCGUCUCUUGUUAGCAGCCGACUUGGCGUCAGAUGACAAGGAGGCCGAGUUCAAACACACGCUGAAGUUGAUCAAAGACGACCAUAUUGCAAACGCAGAGACGAACAUCAAGGACCAGGCGUUGAGGGAAGACUUGAUUGAGGACACCAUCAACGAGAUAAACAGCGUCGAACGGUUGUUGGACGCGUGCUGUGUCAUUGGAGAAAUCACGCCGAGAUCCUUGGAUAACAUCAUGUCGUGUGGUGAAAAGCUCUCGUGUCUGUUUAUGACUGCGCUCCUCAACGACAACAAUGUGCCUGCACAUUACAUCAACCUCUCGAACAUCAUCAACGAGCUUGACUACAACAACAACAGCCAGUUGACCAACAACGAGAGAUCGUUGGACCCCUUCUUCUACAAGCAGCUGGCGAAGAGAAUGGCCGACGCCAUCCUCACUCUUGAGCCGGGCGUCGUGCCGGUGCUAACCGGGUUUUUCGGCCCUGUUCCAGGCGGAUUGCUCAAUUCUGUCGGAAGAGGCUACACCGACCUCUGUGCCGCUGUCUGUGCGGUGGGGUUGGCUGCCAAUGAGCUGCAGAUCUGGAAAGAGGUGGACGGUAUUUUCACAGCCGACCCUCGGAAGGUGAAGAGCGCCAGACUGUUGAAGUCGGUCACGCCGGAUGAGGCCGCUGAGUUGACCUACUACGGCUCGGAGGUCAUCCACCCUUUCACAAUGGAGCAGGUGAUCAAUGCCAGAAUCCCCAUCAGAAUCAAGAACGUCAUGAACCCGAACGGAGAGGGUACUAUCAUUUAUCCGGACAACAUCGGUAAGAAGGGCGAGGACACCCCACCUCACCCACCGGUCUCAUUGGACACGCUACCUACAGACUACUUCAACAAGCAGAAGUUGAAGAUCCCCACUGCGGUCACGGCCAAGAGCGACAUUGCUGUUGUCAACAUCCAUUCGAAUAAGAAGACGCUUUCGCAUGGCUUUUUGGCCAAUGUGUUUGGCACGUUGGACAGACACAAGACGGUUGUCGACCUCAUCUCCACGAGUGAGGUGCAUGUGUCUAUGGCUGUGAACUACUUCAAGGACAAGAGAAAGAGCUUUUUGGUGGUGAUUGAAGACUUGAAGCGGUUCGGAAAUGUCGACGUCACGUACGACCUCUGCAUAGUUUCGUUGGUGGGUAUCCACAUGAAGCAGUUGAUCGGUACGGCCGGUGCGAUGUUCAAGAUUCUUGCGGACGAGAGAAUCAACAUCGAGAUGAUCUCACAGGGUGCCAACGAGAUAAAUAUCAGCUGUGUCAUUGGCCAAGACAACGUCAUCAAGGCGUUGAAUGCGUUGCACGACAAGCUUCUUCUGCAUCCUUUCAAAAACACGAAUAAAUGCCUCUCGUACAGCAAUGACAGCAGUGGGAUGGCUGUGGAUCACCGGAUUGAGGACUUGAAGUUGUCGGAUAACUAG